AUGUCGCUUCAGUUGUUAAUAGCUUUUCUGCAGAACACGGGACUGGGAGAGAUGCCGAAGAAUCCAAAGUUGCAGGAAGACAUCGAGAGAAACUUGAAAGUGCGCGAUGGAGCAUCGCGUAUUCUGGCUGUGGCGGCGAACACCAUCCAACGUCUUGACGCCGCCAAAACCAUCCUCGUCAGCAAUUCGCGUUUGGUAGUCUCCAUGCAACAACUUCAGCGCGAGAAGACGAGUGAAGCCAAUGCCGCCGCUGCAGCUGGUCAUGGGAAUCAAGAUACCAAUCCUCUUACUACCUCGGGCAAGCAUUUCUGCACUGGCAAGGCCACUCUCUGCCUUUCAGGCAUACGCAUUCCACUCCUGUGGAAGGAUACUUCACUGACGCCGAAUGCAUCCUCGACACUCAGUCGGCUUCUCGAUCCCGGCUUUCAGUGGGCGUCAGCGCCUUCCAGUGGCUACUCCUCUGCGACUCUAGGCCGACAACAGCGACCGCUCUCGACUGUCCUUUCCAUGGCAACCGUAGGUGCACUAGCUGGUGGAGAUGCGGCUGGAGAGGCAUGCUCGGCCUUUGGCAUCGUUCGUGUGGGUGAUCAAAUUCGAGAGACGCGUCUUCUCUGUGAAGUCUAUCCAGGGUCUGCCGACCUCGAGUUCGAUGAUGUUCUUACUUUUGAGAACGUACAGCCCGACUUUGAAUGCAAAAUUGAGAUAUAUGGUUACCAGUCUUCGAAUGGCCAAGGGGUCAACAGUUUUUUGCGGCGCAAGUCCCAGAUGGAUUCCACUUCCGCCGCUAAUCGUAACUCCGUCUUCCUCGGCACUCUCACGCCCGAAUAUACCAAAGAUUCCAAGACGGGUCGGCGGAUUUCCAUUUCCUCAAACAGUCCAGCAAUUGACUGCUGCUUCGCUCUUGUGGCACGCUAUUCGGCAAAACUGGCGGACUUGGGAGAGAAGGUGCUUGCUCACCCCCUGGAGCUUCUCUCCAGUCACAGCCACAGUUCUUCCCUCCACUCCCCCUCCUCGGGCAUCAACUUUCCUUUCUCCGGUGCCUCUGUACUUCCAACCAGCGAGGCCGUUCUGCCUCUCUUUGGCCCCAUCUGUUUCUCUCUUACGGCUCUACCGGAUUCCGUGCAGAGACCUGUUCUCUCCGGAUUACUAUGGCUUAGGACACUGAAUGAUUCUUCCACAGUUAAUGCUGCCAAGCUCUACUCUUGUGAACUGUACAAUCAACGCCUUUACGCCAGGCUUAUUAAACCGAGUGAACGAACGAUGUCUCCCGUUAAAAGCGAUCGUGAGAGUACUGACGAAUCGAUGGAUGAAGUGAGGCUACGAAGUUCAACGUCAAGGGGAGUUGGGAAAUCGCCCAAUAAAUGGGACAUUGUAAUCAAAGUGGAUCCGUCUACAGAAAUAGUAGAUGACGAACCAGUCUGCCGCUCAAUGCCACUAUCAAUUAAAGCUCUCACAUGGGAGGAGAGAGAGUACCUUCUGUCCAAGCCGCAGCGACUCCCUCGAAGGUUUCUCUCCGCGGAUCCUCUCCUCGGUUUUACAGCGUCAGGAGAGGAAACUGGUAGUGGUAUUAACGACGAUAAUAGUGAUCAUACAAAAAUCGACCUCCACAAUUCAAUUGCGCGAAUUCGGAGCCUUGAAGAGAUUCAGGUGACGAACUCAAUGUUUCUAGAGAGGCGAAUGGCGACACUGCGUAUUGUUUCGAGGCUUUUUGGUGAGGAUGACAAAGUCGUUGUUGAGGUGGCAGCUUUUAACUCACAGUUUUUCAUGAGUACAAGUGAUCUUGAAGAUAGUGUACUGCUGAGUGAUUGGCUCUUCGCCAUGCGUGAGCACAUUGAAGAACAAGCGAAAUGGGGUGUUGAGGCAUUCGGACACGAGAUAUACAUUCCAGAGGCAACCUCUCUCACCAAGCACGGGACUGUCAUAAGAGCCUCAACAAUUCCAGACAUCCCCGCCGCGUCCUUAAAAGCAUUGAGUUCUCCCAUCGCUGAGGAGGCUUCAGCACCUCCCAUCACUGCCCUCUGA